AUGUUAACACGGUGCAAGAAGCAUUUUGAUGGAGAGGUUGCAGUGUCACCGGCCAGUACGGCGAUCGAACGUAUUUUUAGUGGUGCAGAAUACGGAGGCGAGGACUACAUUGCCCACAUACACGUUCGUUGGAUUAGAGUUGAGGAAGACCUAUGUUUCAAAUACGUAGAAGAGAAGCUUGAGCAAGACAGUUCCAUAACACUAUGGAGUCUUGUAACUGGAGCAAGUUACUUUAUGAAUAGCUUCAACUAUUAUCGAACCGCAAACGCAAUCUAUGCUCAUCUGCGUAGCGCAGUAUCAGCUUCAAAAGCCCAGUCCAGCAAGACCCAUGACCUGCCGCUUGUUAGCAAAGCACUAUGUUCAGAGGGCUAG